AUGUCCCAGCGCGCGGUCCUCAAGUCCGCUCUCGCCGCCGGAGAGAAGGGCUUCAACUGGGUACUGAUCGACGGCGAGCACGGCCAGAUCAACGACAAGGACUUUUACGAGCUCUCCUGCGCCGUUGCUGCAGCUGGUGCGAGCCCGAUUGUCCGUGUGCCGAAUGCAGAGGAGUACAUGGUGAAGAGAGCCCUCGACUGCGGAGCUCACGGAAUCAUGACGCCGAUGUGUCAUUCUGCUGAGGAUGCCAAGAAGGUUGUCGCCUGGAACAAAUACCCUCCCACCGGAACGCGUGGUUUCGGUCCGAUGUUUGCCGGUCACGCUUUCGGUGUCAGCGAGGGCGAGUAUGCUCAGAAUGCCGACUCAGAGUGUCUCGUAAUGGUGCAGAUCGAGUCCCAGCGUGGUGUUGACAGCGUUGAAGAGAUUGCGGCCGUGCCUGGUCUCGAUGUCCUCUUCGUUGGCCCCUUCGACCUGUCAAAGUCCAUGAACGUCCCCUUCGGCUCUAAGGAGCACCAGGACGCCAUUGCUCGGAUUCUGAAGGCCGCCCAUGACAAUGGCAAGACGGCUGCUAUCUUCUGUUCGAAUGGAGAGCAAGCCCGCCAGAGGCUGGAGCAGGGUUUCGACAUGGUCUCCAUCCACACCGACAUCGGAGUCAUCGUGCAGGGCAUGUCGAGGGAGAUGGGCAUCGCGACCGGAAAGACGCAGGAGAAGAAGAGCGGGGGAUAUUCCUGA